UCCCGGCUCAGAAAUGUCGCGCGCGGUCUUCAACGAGUUGCUCAUCGCCCAAGUUGUGAAGCGUCCUGCUCUUUGGGACGUCAAGAUUAAAGAUUUCCGCAACAAGCAUAAGAAGAGUAUUCUUUGGGAAGAAAUUGCCCAGUCCCUUAAAGAAGUGGACGAAUCUGUGACCGUAGACGAAGUUCAGGCUCGUUGGAAGAACCUCAGGGACACUUUCAGGAAAAAACUAAAAGAAGAAAAAAACACGAAAAGGAGUGGGGCUGGAGCUCCAUCGAAGACAGCAUAUUGGCCACACAUUGAACAGAUGACUUUCCUCAGAGACUUAAUGGAACCUAGGCGGAGCAUCAGUAACAUGGAUGGCUGCGAGGAAACACCGGUGUCAACUCCCCUUCAUGUGGAGCCACUCGACCUCCCAUCGCAAGCUUGCCGGGAUGGCUCAGAAGAAGUGGACAACUGCACCACCGCAAGAAAUCCGUUUGAGCUCAUAUUUCAAGGGCCCAGCGUACCAGUGCAGGUUACAACACCUUCCCAUCCACCACCCUCAAAUCCGCCACAUUCCAUUCCAUCGAAUGCUGUCAGCUGCCCAAGAGAAAGUGAGGAAGUUUCAUCGACGCCACAAUCAAGGUCAAAGCGGCAGCGAAAAAAAGAAAUGGAAACUGUAGAUGCCGAACUGAACGCAGUUCGCAAUGUCAUUGCGGCGCACAGGCCGAUGGACGCUAACGGCUUAUUUCUUCUGUCGCUGAAACCCUACCUGGAAAGCACACCGCAGGAGAUGCUUACGGAUUUGAAGAUGGAUCUACUCCAUAUUUGCUCCAACUAUAGCGAGGGGCGUCGUCCUCAUUCACUGCGUGCAUGCGAUUAUUGACUGAGCAUUGAAAAUAAAAAAGGAGUGAGAAAGCGAACUUUAUGUGUCUGUA